ACAGCGCUGGAGAAAACCGUCAAAUCCCCUCUCCUCUACCCAUGGCGCGCCAUUUAAAUUUAUCAGAUAAAUGCACAAAACUGCCACUAACAGCGCUGGCGAAAGCUGUCAAAUCCCCUCUACCCAUCGGCUCAUGGCCAAUAGUUUAUAUUACAUGAAAAUAGAUAGAAAUAUUUUGAAAUUUGUAAUCGUUUAAUUUAUAAAACAAAUAAUGUGCGAUAAUCAAACACACAAAGCCGUUAGGCUAUUUCCAAGAAACAAUAGGUGGACUGGUCCUUCUUCAUCACUAGAAGAUAGAAGUAAAUGCAUGAAUAUGAGGCUCCGAUUGCCACCUGAUAUUGUAAUAAGACAAUCAAGAGAGACAUUCUUCAAACGCCUUAGAAUUAACCGCAGUAGAAGUGUUGAUCGCUUUCGCCAGAUUGUCGAAAACUACGGAGAAUUCAUGAACUACAGAUCUAUAUCACAUCUAAAAACAAUUCUAGAAUCUGAUCUCGAAGCCGCCACUCUUAUGACAGAUGUUGACGUCAAUGACGUGCUCAAUGACAUCGAACGGGAAUUAGCUCAAGUAGAUUUGCAAGAUGAAGCAGCUAAGUACGAAUUGGAUGUGCAGAGUCAAACUCAAGACAUUGUGAAUAGACUGUUGCCUGUCUGCAAAGUAUGCCUGCGAGAAAAUACGGAAGGUGACAUUUGCGGACUUUGUGCUACAUCUCUUGACUCAGAAUUUACAAAGUAAAUGUGAUUUCUAGGUUUAUUGACAUAUCUUAUGAAUGGGUUUCCCGAUAUUUUGUUUUCUUAUUAUGUAGACCAGUGGUUCUCAACCAUUUUGAGUAAUGUACCACAAAAUUAUUUUUACUAUUUUUUGUACCACCUAACCGAAAUACCUUUUAGGUAAUAUAAUUAACUAUAAUUUAUUUGCUGGACGUUUUACGGAAUUGACAAAAUAAAAUUAAACAAGAGUAAAAUUUUUUAGGUUAUAUUUUUAAAUUUUAUGGCUGUGUUUUUGCGUUUUGCGUACCACUGUAAAUGAUCAUAUGUACCACCGGUGGUACAUAUACCACAAGUUGAGAACCACUGAUGUAGACUAUUAGUAUGUAACUUUCCGAUCUAUUUAUAAAAAUUUAUAGAACUGGCUAUGGUAACUAAAGUAUUACUAACUUAGUUUUUAUUUUAAACAUUGUAUAAGCUAGUGCUGAUAUACUAUAAUUCUUAUUCAGCCAAGAAAUGGUACCUAUUUCAUGAUGUAUAGUUCUUCCACUUUAUCUUUGCCCAUGCAUGAAAUUCUUCACGAAUUACUUUUUAUACUAGGUCUCUUUUUACUCACAGAACCUAGUAUCGUAAAAUUAAGCCGCUUGUCCAUAGAAACCAUAAUAAGUUAAACAAGGAUAAACAAUUAAAACAAUAGUUCAUGUCUUUAAUACCUUGUUUACUAUGAAUUUUAACGUUUAUUUAAUUUCGCUAUUCCAACACACAGCCAAAUUUGUCCAUUGUCGGACAUACGCCUCCUCAAGAUGUCUCCAUUCAUCUCUGUCCUGCGCAGCUGCAAUUCAGUUUGUCGCUAUUCUUUUAAUGUCGUUAAAGAUCCGCCAAGUGAAGGUAAACAGUUCGUCCACAUUCCUCAUGCUUUAAUCACCCAUGACUACACUCAGAAAAGAGAAGAAGAUAAAAAUUACCCAUGUCCCGUUGCUAACAACUGUGAACAAGUAUACGAAAUAGCAUAUCCAAUAAAAGUCCAUCUCAGGUGACAGUCCGGCGAGAAACCAUUCAUCUGCAACUGGUUGAACUGCACUUGAAGAUUUUCAAGAUCUGAUGAACUCGCUCGGCUCUAGAAGCAAAUGUACUAGAAAACACUUUAUAAUUUUCAUUACUUGAUCCCUUCAUUCCUUUAGAAAAUAUGUAAUUUUCAAAUUACAGUAAAUAUGAUGAAGUUCAGAAAAAGGAUCCACUUCCCAACGGUAACGACAAAUUUUUAGACAGCAUGAUUAAAGAUCUAUUUAAUAACGACAACCACCUACUAGAAGAAGCCAUAGCCGAUGAAAACUUUUCCCUCUCCUUGUUUGAUGAUCUCAACGAUGUGCGUCCCCGGCCAUUAGAAAUAAAUAUGGAGAAUAACGCUUCUGAACCUUUGGGUAUCUUCGAGAUGUGUCCACACAUGAACGACGAAACCACCUGUAAAAAUACUUCCAAAGAUCCGCCAAGUGAAGGUAAACACUUCGCCCAGAGUCCUCAUGCUUUAAUCACCCGCGACUACACUCAGAAAAAAAAAAUAAAAAUUUCCCAUGUCCCUUUGCGAACUGAAAAUGUAUACCAAUCAGCAUAUCCUCUAAAAGUCCAUAACAGGAAACAGUCCGGCGAGAAACCGGUCAUCUUCAACUGGUUGAACUGCACUUGGAGAUUUUCAAGAUCUGAUGAACUAGCUAGGCUCUAGAAGCAAAUGUAUUAGAAAACACUUUAGAAUUUUCACUACUUGAUCCCUUCGUUCCUUUAGAAAAUAUGGAAUCUUCAAAUUACAGUAAAUAUUAUGAUGAACUUCAAGAAAAGGAUCCACUUCUCAACGGUAACGACAAGUUUUUAGACAGCAUGAUUAAAGACCUAGGUACUUAAUAAUGACGACCACUUAUUAUAAGAAUCCAUAGCCGAUGGAAAUUUUUCCCAGUUGGAUGAUCUCAACGAUGUGCUUCCUCUGCCAUUCGAAUUAAAUAUGGAGAAUAACACUUCUGAACCUUUGGGUAUCUUCGAGAUGUCUCCACACGUGAACGACGAAACCACGUGUAAAAAGACCACCAAACAUUCGCCAAGUGAAGGGAAACACUUCGUCCAGAGUCUCCAUGCUUUAUUCACCCGCGACUACAGUCAGAAAAGAGAAGAAGAUAAAAAUUUCCCAUGUUCCUUUGCUAACUGUGAAAAAGUAUACGAAACAGCAUAUCCACUAAAAGUUGAUCUCAGGAAACAUUCCGGCGAGAAACCAUUCAUCUGCAACUGGUUGAACUGCACUUGGAGAUUUUCAAGAUCUGAUGAACUAGCUAGGCUCUAAAAGCAAAUGUAUUAGAAAACACUUUAGAAUUUUCAAUACUUGAUCCCUUCGUUCCUUUAGAAAAUAUGGAAUUUUCAAAUUACACUAAAUAUUAUGAUGAAGUUCAAAAAAAGGAUCCACUUCUCAACGGUAACGACAAAUUUUUGGACAGCAUGAUUAAAGACCUAUUUAAUAACGACAACCACCUACUAGAAGAAGCCAUAGCCGAUGAAAACUUUUCCCUUUCCUUGUUUGAUGAUCUCAACGAUGUGCGUCCCCGGUCAUUCGAAAUCAAUAUGGAGAAUAACGCUUCUGAACCCGAGAUGUCUCCACACAUAAACGACGAAACAGCGUGUAAAAAGACCCCAAAGAUCCGCCGGGUGAAGGUAAACACUUCGUCCAGAGUCCUCAUGCUUUAAUCACCCACGACUACACUCAGAAAAGAGAAGAUAAACAUUUCCCAUGUCCCUUUGCUAACAACUGUGAAGCAGUAUACGAAACAGCAUAUUCACUAAAAGCCCAUCUCAGAAGACAUUCCGGCGAGAAACCAUUCAUCUGCAACUGGUUGAACUGCACUUGGGAGGUUUUUAAGAUCUGAUGAACUCGCUAGGCAUAAACGUUCUCACUCCGGAGAUAAACCAUACAAGUGCGAACUUUGUGUAAAGGACUUGGCAAGAUCUGACGAUCUGUCCAAACACAAAAAAGUCCAUAUGAAACAUAUGAGCCAAUAUGGAACAUACGACAUAAGAAAGCGUGCAAGAUGUAGUGUUUUCAAGAUCUGAUGAACUAACUAGGCUCUAAAGGCAAAUGUACUAGAAAACACCUUAGAAUUUUCAUUACUUGAUCCCUUCGUUCCUUUAGAAAAAAUGGAAUCUUCAAAUUACAAUAAAUAUGAUGAAGUUCAGAAAAAGGAUCCACUUCUCAACGGUAACGACAAGUUUUUAGACAGCAUGAUUAAAGACAUAUUUAAUAACGACGACCACCUAUUAGAAGAAUCCAUAGCCGAUGAAAAAUUUUUCCAGUUUGAUGAUCUCAACAAAGUGCUUCCUCGACCUUUCAAAAUAAAUAUGGAGAAUAACACUUCUGAACCUGUAGGUAUCUUCGAGAUGUCUUCACACAUAAACGACGAAACAACGUAUAAAAAGAACCCAAAAGAUCCGCCAAGUGAAGGUAAACACUUCGUCCAGAGUCCUCAUGCUUUAAUCACCCGCGACUAUACUCAGAAAAGAGAAGAAGAUAAAAAUUUCCCAUGGCCCUUUGCUAACAACUGUGAAACAGUAUACGAAACAGCAUAAAUAUUCACUAAAAGCCCAUCUCAGGAGAUAUUCCGGCGAGAAACCAUUCAUCUGCAACUGGUUGAACUGCACUUGGAGAUUUCCAAGAUCUGAUGAACUCGCUAGGCAUAAAGAUUCUCACUCAGGAGAUAACCAUACAAGUGCGAACUUUGUGUAAAGGACUUGGCAAGAUCUGACGAUCUGUCCAAACACAAAAAAGUCCAUAUGAAACAUAUGAGCCAAUAUGGAACAUACGACAUAAGAAAGCGUUCAAGAUGUAGUGUUUUCAAGAUCUGAUGAACUAGCUAGGCUCUUAAGGCAAAUGUACUAGAAAACACCUUAGAAUUUUCAUUACUUGAUCCCUUCGUUCCUUUAGACAAAAUGGAAUCUUCAAAUUACAAUAAAUAUGAUGAAGUUCAGAAAAAGAAUCCACUUCUCAACGGUAACGACAAGUUUUUAGACAGCAUGAUUAAAGACAUAUUUAAUAACGACGACCACCUAUUAGAAGAAUCCAUAGCCGAUGAAAAAUUUUCCCAGUUUGAUGAUCUCAACAAAGUGCUUCCUCGACCUUUCAAAAUAAAUAUGGAGAAUAACACUUGUGAACCUGUGGGUAUCUUCGAGAUGUCUUCACACAUAAACGACGAAACAACGUGUAAAAAGAACCCAAAAGGUCCGCCAAGUGAAGGUAAACACUUCGUCCAGAGUCCUCAUGCUUUAAUCACCCGCGACUAUACUCAGAAAAGAGAAGAAGAUAAAAAUUUCCCAUGGCCUUUUGCUAACAACUGUGAAACAGUAUACGAAACAGCAUAAAUAUUCACUAAAAGCCCAUCUCAGGAGACAUUCCAGCGAGAAACCAUUCAUCUGCAACUGGUUGAACUGCACUUGGAGAUUUUCAAGAUCUGAUGAACUCGCUAGGCAUAAAGGUUCUCACUCAGGAGUUAAACCAUACAAGUGCGAACUUUGUGUAAAGGACUUGGCAAGAUCGACGAUCUGUCCAAACACAAAAAAGUCCAUAUGAAACAUAUGAGCCAAUAUGGAACAUACGACAUAAGAAAGCGUGCAAGAUGUAAAGUGUUAGGAGAGAUAUAAAAACUUUUUGUACUGAAUAAACUUCGUCAAACUCAUAUCGUAUGCCUCUAGCGACGUGGUCGAGCAACUCAAAUCCUUAGUCCGUUUUUGUUUAAGCUAAUGUAAUCUUUUUAUAGUUAUAGUUCCAUAAAAGUAGUUUUAGUAUUCUCAUUCCAUGUAAGUCUGUACAAUGUUCGGAUGUUUUGCCAAAUACUUUUCUUUCGAUGUUUUCCAGUAUUAAGCUGUUACUAAUUCCGAAAGUAUUAGGGUGUCAUUGUUUUACCUUUUUUAGCAUCGGCAAUUUAGCAUCGUAUGUCCCGAAAUUCAUAAGAAGCUAAUAAAAUUUUUGUUGCUUCGAUUAUUUUAUUUUCCUUAACAUUUCCAUACCACUUUGGAACUAAUCACAUGCCAUUUCAAUUCUUUGAUGAGGGCAUCUUCAAUGGUGUGAGUUUUCGGUUAAAAAAUGCUUGGCAUUUUUUGAGCCUACCCAAGUGUGUCUGCCCAUGCCCUCGGAUUCCAGUUCCUUCUACUGUUCUAGAAUCGUCUUAUACCACUUUAUGAAAUUCUUAUUUAGCUUUGUAAUAAAUUACCAUUUGUUAGUUUAUCUUAUGCUAUUUUGACUACUCUGGUCUUCUCCAUUCUACUUGUGUGAUUAUUCUAUUUCUAUUUUUUCUUUUGUAUCCACUCGUUUAUAAUAUGUAACAUUGUCUUGUGAUAACUUCACUUCUAUUUCGGCCUUUCAGAGUAUUUCUUGUAGUUCUCCUCAGUUUUCUCAUCUCUGCAGUUUCUAAUACCCUUUGGUGUUACCCUGAUAGACAUGUCAUUAUUGAUCUUAUACUGGCUUUAUAAACUCGUUGAUUCCAUCUUAGUGUUAAUAUGUAGGUUUCGCCAUAUAGUGUUCUUAAGGCGUCUGGGUAGUUUAUUUGCAUAAAAAUGGUAGAUAAUAAUGAUUUUGUCCAUUGCUUUAAGAUUCUUAUGGAAUUAUCUUAGUCAACUGUGUAUAAGUAUUUUCAAAAUUCUACUUUCCCAAUGGUGUAACCUUAUAUUUCAUUUUGGAUUUAAUUUCUAUGUACGAGCAAAGCGUAUUCAUAACUUUCCGUACCUAAUGUUAGAGGUAUGUAUUUAGAUAAUGCAUUAAAAAAUAUGUAAAGAUAUAUUUUGUUCUCUAUAUUGUUUGCCAUGAAAUCUUUAUUUUUAAUUCUUUGACUAUCAUUUUUUUCCACACCAUUACUAUUUCAUAUUACCCAUCUAUGAAGAACAUAAUAUCAAAAACCCAAGAGAUAAAAAACUGCUACAGGAACCUAAUUUAGAUAAAUAAUUAAGUAAAAUGCUUUAUAAAAGGUAUUUUAGAAAUAAAAAUGAACGUUUAGAAAUAAACGUUUUAGAAAUAAAAAUUUCAUAAUCAGCGCUGCUUACAGAUAUAGAUGCUUGAUCCACCAAAAUAAAAGGGUUAAAGCCCUUUAAAUGUUAUAAAGUUAUAUUGUUAUAUAAAAUAAUGAGUCAUUUGUAUACAGCCGACUAAUGUACAGUAAAAAUUUCAUUUUUCAAUUUUAAUCCUUGGUGUGGUAAAAUAAGCAAAACAUUGCCUGUAAAUAAAAAAUUAAAACGUUAACGUGUUACCUACCAGUUCUAUAACUUUUAUUAUUUUGGUUAUGAGCUAUUCCAGGUCAAAUCAACACACUUUGAAUUCAUUUUUUUCCUGACCUAUUUAGAUUUUGUUAAAAUUUAGAGUACUCAUAGUGGAUGAUUAGGUGAAGAAAAAUACAAAAUUUAAAAUUUUUAUCUCGAGCCGUUUCCGAAAUAUGGUUAUGUAAAAUUUUCCAAAAAAAUCCAAAAUACCGCGACCAUACUUUAUUGGAAUGUAUAUAUAUAUUACACAGUACUAUUAUAUAUAUAUAUAUAUAUAUAUAUAUAUAUAUAUAUAUAUAUAUAUAUAUAUAUAUAUAUAUAUAUAUAUAUAUAUAUAUAUAUAUAUUAUCACUGGGCCUGUAUAUAUCACUGUAAAGAGCUUUAAAAAUGCUACAAAAUGACACCUCUCCCAGCAUUUUAGCUCAAUUAGGACAGCUUCUACGACCAUUCCAAUAAAGUAUGGUCGUGGUGUUUUGGAUUUUUUUGAAAACUUUACAUAACCAUAUAUCGGAAAUAGUUUGAGAUGAAAAUUUAAAAUUUUGUAUUUUUGUUUCCCUUAUUAGCCACUAUGAGUAUUCCAAAUUAUAACCAAUUCUGAAGAGGGGGUGAAAAUUAGGUGUGUUGAGUUGAUAGGGAAUGACCCUUAUGCAAAUGUUGCCUCACACAUUUUAUAAUUAAAAAAAGAAAUUCAUUUUCAUUAAUUUUUCUAGCAUUGACUAGUUCUGAUCCUUGUUAUUUAUUACCAAUGUUUCUGUUCUAAAAUGUGUGGUCAAUAGCAAACUGUUUUGUGUUUUGUUUACAAACAAUAUAAUGUGAUAUUAUUUCAAAAAUAAAACUGUUUUGUAAU